CAUGUUUAUGUUGAUUUGUGUAAACAUGGAAUAACAAACAUUAACAUAAUAUCUUAAAUUUAAAUUACGAAUUUUCCAAAGUGUGCAAUGUAAAUUCAAAGAGAAGAUAAUUACUAUCAAAUUAACAUUUAAAAUGGGUCGAAGAUAUUAUUGUGAUUAUUGUAACAAAACAUUUAUAGACGACAUUGAUGCUAGAAAAAAGCAUUUGUCCAGUAUUCACCAUGUAAAAUUAAGAAAACUGCAUUAUGAAUUACACAGAGAUUCCAAAACAGUACUGAUUGAGGAAUCCCAAAAACCCCCAUGUCGUAGAUUUUUCCAAUUUGGAGAGUGUCAAUUUUCAGGAAGUUGCAAAUAUUCUCACUACACCCAUGACCAACUUUGGCAGUUACAAGAAGAGAUUGAAAAAUGUGAGAAUGAAAAAAAAUUAAAGGAGAUGUCAGUGGAAAUUCCUUCCAUUGAAUCAUGGUUAGAAAAGUAUAAAAAGAGUAGUAAAUGUAGUAAAGACAGUUCUGAGUUUGUACAUACAUCCUGGUCCUAUCCAGAACACCUUAACGCUAGACAAGAUUUGCCACCUUCAUUGAAAAAGUUUAAGGCAGAAGACUUUUUAGAUGAUGAUUUUGAAGAAUGGGGAUGUUAAAAAGUAAUAAUUAAUUCACAAUUAAUUUAAUAAAUAUUGUUAUUUUAUUUAUCAAAAUAAAACAGAAUGUACUUUUUAUUGAUUUAUUCUACAUCACAACAACUUUCAAAUAUGUAUUUACAGUACACUUCAUAAUGAAGUUAGUACCUAAUCUAUAAUUAGUUGUACGACAGCCAUAGAUAUUUAUUGUUGUUUAUUGUCUUCAACUUUUUUAGUUAUUAUUUAUAACUUGAAACAUAUUCAUACAUUUUUUACUAAUUCUACUAUCUGUGUAAACAACAACAAUAUAAACAAGUAUAUUCUUUUAGCCUAA